AUGCCUCAAAACGAGUAUAUCGAACGCUGGCAGAAGCAGCACGGCAAGCGUCUUGACCAUGAUGAAAAAGUGCGGAAACGUGAGGCCCGCGAAGGCCAUGCACAAUCCGAGGCGGCGCAGAAUUUGAGAGGCCUCCGUGCCAAACUCUACCAAAAGAAGCGCCAUGCAGAGAAGAUCCAAAUGAAGAAAGCCAUCAAGGCCCAGGAAGAGCGCAACGUCAAGUCGGCGGCCCCCAGCGAGCCCUCGUCUCAGCCUCUGCCCAACUACCUGCUUGACCGAUCGCAGGCGAACAAUGCAAAAGCCCUCUCCAGCGCCAUCAAGAACAAACGAGCUGAGAAGGCGGCCAAAUUCUCCGUGCCUCUGCCCAAGGUCAAGGGUAUCAGUGAGGAGGAGAUGUUCAAGGUGGUCAAGACGGGAAAGAAGACGGCAAAGAAAGGCUGGAAGCGCAUGAUCACCCAACCCACCUUUGUCGGACCCGACUUCACCAGAAGACCUGUCAAAUACGAGCGUUUCAUUCGACCCAUGGGUUUGAGAUACAAGAAGGCCAAUGUCACCCACCCCGAGCUCGGUGUCACCGUGCAACUACCCAUCAUCAGCGUCAAGAAGAACCCCCAGAACCCGCUCUCGACGCAGCUUGGCGUCCUCAGCAAAGGAACUGUCAUCGAAGUCAAUGUCAGCGAACUUGGUCUGACCACGGCUGGUGGUAAGGUGGUCUGGGGCAAGUACGCGCAAGUCACCAACGACCCUAGCCGUGAUGGCUGCCUCAAUGCAGUUCUCUUGGUGUGA